CUUCUCCCCCUGCCCCCGGCCUUUCCACCCCCUCACCCCCAUUUUUCACGGGGGGGGGCUUUUCGCUUUGCCAGGGCAGAGCGCGGUGACGCCGCGGCAGCCACCACGGAGAGGACACAGGACCCCCCCUUGGGCCCGCCAUGCCCCUUUGAGGGGGUGGCCUGGACCCCGAGACCCCCGCAAGGCCCCCCGCAGGGCUGCUUCGCCUGCAUCGCCAAGCCCCCAGCUCUCCGGCAAGCUUCGCCCGUCCUGUCUCCUUCUUCUGCCGUUUAUCUCAUGGAGAGCAAGAGCUGCAAAGGGGACAGCCUGCGGCCAGCGGUCCCGUGCAAGCACUCUGUGGAGAAGAAGACGAUGACCAACCCCACCACCGUCAUCGAAAUCUACCCUGACACCACCGAGGUGAACGACUACUAUCUCUGGUCCAUCUUCAACUUUGUAUACCUCAACUUCUGCUGCCUCGGCUUCAUCGCCUUGGCCUAUUCACUGAAAGUCCGGGAUAAGAAACUCCUCAAUGACUUAAAUGGAGCAGUUGAAGAUGCCAAGACAGCCCGGCUUUUUAACAUCACCAGCUCAGCCCUUGCCACCUUCUGUAUCAUCCUUAUCUUCAUCUUCCUGCGAUACCCUCUCACUGACUACUGAGUGAGGCCAACAGCAGCUGCCGCCGCCAAAAUGCCUCUAUGCCAGAAGUGUCUGCAGUUUCUUGUAGCAAGGACACACAAAAAAACCAACCACCACACCUUGAUUGCAAAAAGAAAAAGAAAAAAGGUCAAUUAAAUACAUAAAUAAAAGUUAAAUUAGUUCAUCAGCCCAGCUGAGCAUACCCUUCUUGCCCUGAAAUGGUAUGUGAACAGCUGAAGGAAAAGGUCUCACUCUUACACAUGUACAGGAAGAAAAAUAGACCAAAAAAUAUUUGUUUUAUGGCCAACAAGCUGUGUGAAAAGAGCGUGCAAAGCCCAGAGCUACGCACACUUAGUAGCAGACAGCUGAGCUCUAGGGAGCAGUGGGGUCCUGUGGAGCUGGAGACACAUACAGUGAUGGAUGGGGAUCAUGGCAGGGCUGGCUCACAACAUAUCAGGUGUGUUCAGACCACCCCACCACCCCCAGCUUGUGGGGGUUUCUUUUCCUUUUUUCUCUUGAAUUUCACCCACUGGUUCAACAACUCCCAACCCCUGGAGAGCUGAAGGUGUUAGGAAGUUCAUGCUGGGGAGCCCCAAAGCCUCCAGAGAAACCCUGAAGUGUUAAAGGGCAGGUUUCUCCCUGGGAUUUCCCAGCAGUGCUGAGAAGGAAGGCACCUUCUGGAGAACUCACCUAAGCCACCUAAGUGGAGUGCUACUGUAUUUCUCUAAACAGUCAAUAAAAAGAUACCUCUGAUAUGUGA